AUGUCAGCUUCACCUUCCAGCUCGCACGCCACCCAAACUGGUCGUCCUUCGCUGUGGAACGAUUCUUCUGAGCGUAGGUUAGCUAGGCUCUACGUCUACACCACAUUGCCUCUCAAGAAGAUCGUCGAGGUCGUCCAUAAAUCCACCCCCGGAAACAAGGACUGCCCAGGAAAGGACUCGGCCAACAAAAAACUCAACUCGAUACUAGACAAGGAGCCAAGAUGGCUUCACCCGCGAACCCGGACCGAUAUGGACCGUCGCAUACGCGCUCUCGAUAGCUCUCCCACGCGGCAGACCACACCAGAGAACGCAUUCCCGUCAAGUUACUCUAGGUCCGUCUCCUCCGACAUCAACUCGCGGUUGAGCGCAAACCCCGACUUCAAACACGAAAGUGGAAACAGUCCCAACCUGCAUGACUUUCAGCCCUUCCAACACUCUCGUUCUUCGUCUGCCGGCUGGGGUCCACUUGCCGCCGGACCGCUUCCGACUCUGGUGACCAGCGAGUUUGCGUCCGCGCCGCCGCCCAACAUCGGAAUCCAUCGUCAAAGUACUACCUUGACCCUGCAGGAGGUUCUGUCACAGUAUUCUACGGGGUUUAUCCGGCAAGUCGACAAGUUGUUGAAGCGGUAUACGAUGCCAAGCCAUACGAUGCAGAACCGCUCACCCAUGGACGAAGACCGCCCGGGCACCGCCGAUUCUAACCCGGCCUCAUGGAUUUUCGAGGACAAUGCACCGCGAGGAAACUCGGACGCAGGAGCUAGACCGCUUCCCGGCGACUUCCUCAAUUUGCAUCGGCACAUGAACAGCAGGGGCUUCUGUACCGAAGGGCUACCCGAACACGACUCGCGAUCCUGCUUCUGCCACGUCAACAAUGAGCUCACCGAGGAAUCUUGGGUGACCAAGGCGGGCCCGUCGCCAUAUGCUCAACAGGUCCUCCUCUCCGGAGCACCUCCAGACGGAAGACUGGACAGCCGCGAUGCGUUCGGCAACACGAUCCUCCACCUCCUCGCGGCCGGCGACGCGCACCAUGACCACCUCUUCAGAGCUAUCCAGCUAUCGCCAAAUCCGUCGGCGGCAAACAGCGCUGGCCAGACCUUUCUGCACGUUCUCAAUGAUACCUGGUUCUCGCACAAGGCUGAUUCGCUCUUCCGACUCCUCGAAUACUUGAAAUUCGAGAGCUUCUUAUACGUGCGCGAUGUCUAUGGCCGCAACUUCUGUCAUGUUCUUCACUCCAAGGGUUCAGACAUCCUGGACCAGGACACAAAGAACUUCCUCCUGAAGAAGUUCGAUGCCAUGGAGUACUGCCGUCGCGAUGCCUUUGGCAACAUCCCCGAGUCUGCACCGAUUGGACUGCCUGUUCGCCGGGCGUACACUGCCGCUGUCGGCCAAGAGAUGUCCCCAGCGUGGGACUCUCGUACCUCGCGACAGGUUUCAUCGCCCAUUGAACAGCAGGCCGCGCUCCUAAGGCUUGUUAGGGAGGCGUACCAAAAUACAAGAGUUCAAGAUACACAAGGCCGAAAUGGUCUACACUGUCUUGCAGACGCCAUCCUUAGCCAGGACGCUCUGCUGGCUAAAUUUCCUCAGUAUUCCAGCAACACCGGUGCCGAUGCACAACAGCCAACUGCCUCCAGUCGCAAACGCAAGUACAACAAACCCGUCCUCAACAAAUCGUUAUCCGACUCAUCCACCGAUCGCCUUACCGUCCGGGAAAGAAUCGUUGUGGACCUCAUCGAACUCGGAGUAGACCCCAAUCACUACGACAAAUACGGCAACACGGUGCUCAUGGCUUUUGUCGCCCAGCUCCCCGAAGACGACGACUACAAGAAGCCAGUCGAGAUCCUGGAGGUCCUUAUCAAGGCUGGCGCCAACGUGAACGCCCGCAACAGGAACGGCGAGACCGCAUUGCAUAUCGCCGUCCGGAGGGGUAAGAAACUCGCCAUGCGCACGCUGGUGCAAAAUGGAGCGAAUCCCCAGGCGCGCGAUGUUGAGGGUAGGAGCGUACUCGAGGUCGCCGACCGGAUGGUGACGACUUCCAAGCAAAACAUUCAGUACUCCCACUACGAAGCUUGCCAUGCAUGGUUGUCGGGGCAGGCAAAGGCUGUGCAGUUUCCCACAAUACAUCAAGAAUGGGAACUCAGAGAAUUAUGA